CUACGCGAGACUACGCUAAACUAAGCUAAGCUAAGCUAAAACAAGCUAAGCCAAGUUGGCCGCUUGCUAACGUUUUCAGUCACAUUGGGGGUUUCCACGGCGCUGCUACCGCGACUCAAACGGGAAGAUGGGGACGUGAGCAGGCGGGCGGGCGAGCGAGUGCAGUUUGAGUUGCGCUCCGCGCUCAACGCCAGCCAGAGGUGUGUUUUCGACUCCACGCUCCGUAUCCGUGGGUAGCAGCACCCCGCCGCGCGGCCAGACUCAGUGCCAUGUCUAACAGCUGUGUUGCCAAAGGGUUCCAGCUCAGCUGAGGAGAAGGCUGCGUUGAGGAGGACUGAAGAUAAGAGAAGACUUGACCAGUUGCAGAGAGAGGGGGGAUAUAACUGACCUCCCCCCCCCUCGCCUCACUUAACAGAGCAAAAACGGAAGGCUUUGGAGUAUUCAAUUUUUUCUUUCGCUUUAUAUUUUUCUUAUUCCUCAUCGCGGUGCUGGGAGGUGCUUCAUCUUUUCAUAUAGUCUCUCUUUCUGUCAUUUGCCUCCUCAUUUAUUUCUCCAUUUACCUGGUGUAUAAUUUUCUCUACUUAUGAGAACAGAGAAAGAAGGAAGGAGUUUUUAUUCUUUUUCUCCCUUCUUUCUACCUCUCCUCUCCUCCCUCCCCUCCUUUCACCAAACCACAUUAUACCUGUCAGCCCCCCCCCCCCCCCCCAUUUCAUCUCUAACUCCUGCCAUCGUCUCCCAUCACAUGCCUUUCUCGGUUAAGUCUGAUGUUUUAUUAACUUGGAUGAAUUUCUUCAAAGACAACUAAAAACUACUCAUGAAUGACUCUUUUUUCCCCCUUCUCCUUCUCUUUUGGUCCCUCCACACCCAUUUUCUUUGCAUCACACUCUUGCGGGAUUCUUAAAUGUUACUCUAGAAAGUGGGAUGUCACCAUGAAGGAAUAUGAAGGACCGCUCUUUUUGCUCUGUCUUUGCCUUUGUGUCUCAACUCUGCUCCUGUGUAAAACAUCUCCACUACAGUCUAUAAAUUAUGUGUUACAGAAAAGAGUUGUUUAGACUGAGGAACAGUGCAGCACAGAGCGGACCGAAAGCCAACGAUCAUGGUUGUCUAAAUCACGGCGAGGAGUGAAGGAAAAGCCAAAGAAGAAGGACGGGUGGGAAGACGAAGAGGAGCGCUCGCACGCAUACUCUGUAGCUCGUCUUCUCAUCUCCACAGCAACCGCGUUCACACACUCGCAGACUUCUGGGAGGAGACCUUGGCGAGCUGCAUCCACGGCGUUGGAGGAAAGGGAAAGAGAAGCGGAUGGAAAGCAGCAAAUUAAAUACCGGCCCUUCAUCAGCCUCCAUCCAUCAUCUUUAGUUUGUUUUACUGGCUUGAUGGUCAGCAUCUAAAGUCAGCUAGACUCUGCGUUAGAGGCUUCAUCAGGCGGAGCUUUUCAUGCACUACAACUUGAUUUAACACUUAUUACACAUUUUGCACACAUCCGUUCACGUUGAUGCCUCCACUCUGAUCGCCCCCCCCCCCCUCACCCACUGUCACACACCUUCUUCGCUCGACCCAAGACGGCUCACCCUCGCCCUGCAAGGCCUCCCUCAGUCCUCCGUGCGUGACUUCAUCUGUCUACCAUCACCACAUCCGAGGCUAUGAGAGGAGGAGUCGAAUCCCAGAUCACUCCAUCAUGCCAGUUCUGAAGAGCAGAGAGGAGAUCCGGGCUGGCAAUGUUCAAGGGACGGCAUUCACACUCCUCCACAAUGCUUGUCAGCCUACGCCCCUCUCCCUCCAGUCGUCAGGACAAACACCUCAUCUCCCCCUCGUCCUCUCCUCAUUGCCAUCCUUCUCCUCCAGACCAGUCCCCUCGUCGUUGUCCUCCACUUCGACUGGCGCUCCCAUUCCUCUCCUCGCUGCUGCUCCUCUCCAUACUCCUCCUGCCUGUUGGCGAGUCACGCAGAGGAGGUCCAGGUACAGGACCAGGAGGUGCCCCAGGGGGACAUGGAGGCCAGAGGGGAGGCAACACCCAAAGGGGUGUUGUCAUUCCUCCUCAGUACUCUCCAGGCUCACAGCCUCUUCCGCCAAUCAAUCCCAAACUGAUCAGCUCACUCAGCAUCGCUGUGAUUCUGGUGGGCAACUCUAGUGAAGUAGCCCUUGGGGCUGGACUUGAGAAAGAAGACUUCCUCCACAUCCCUUACCCCCCUAAGGUCGAGGUGGUCACUAUGAAUGAGACUGACCCUAAGAGUAUCAUCAAUCAGAUCUGCACACAGAUGACGCGGAACUCUCUUCAAGGUGUUGUGUUCGGUGACGACACGGAUCAGGAGGCCAUCGCUCAGAUCCUGGACUUCAUCUCUGCGCAGACGCACAUCCCCAUCCUAGGCAUCAGGGGAGGGUCGUCCAUGGUCAUGGCAGCCAAGGAUGACCACUCCAUGUUUUUCCAGUUCGCCCCGUCCUUCGAGCAGCAGGCCUCCAUCAUGUUGAACAUCAUGAAGGAGUAUGACUGGUACAUCUUCUCUAUAGUCACCACAUACUACCCUGGCUACCAAGACUUUGUCAACAAGAUCCGCAGCACCAUCGAGAACAGCUUUGUGGGCUGGGAGCUGGAAGAAGUCCUCCUACUGGACAUGUCUGUGGACGACGGCGACUCCAAAAUCCAGAACCAGCUGAAGAAGCUGCAGAGUCCCGUCAUUCUGCUGUACUGCACCAAGGAGGAGGCCACCACCAUCUUCGAGGUGGCGCAUUCUGUGGGUCUCACAGGUUACGGCUUCACCUGGAUCGUGCCCUCGCUGGUGGCUGGAGAUGCCGACCAGGUCCCCUCCGUCUUCCCCACAGGGCUUAUUUCUGUGUCAUAUGACGAGUGGGACUACAAUAUUGAGGCCAGGGUACGUGAUGCAGUGGCUGUCAUUGCCACGGCAACCUCCACCAUGAUGCUGGACCGGGGGCCGCACACCUUGCUGAAAUCCAGCUGCCUGGGCACACUGGACAAGAAAAGCUCCAACACUGGUCACUCCAAGGAAAUACUGAGGUACCUAAUGAAUGUGACAUUUGAAGGUCGAAACCUGUCGUUCAGCGAAAAGGGCCACCAGAUGUUCCCAAAGCUGGUCGUCCUCCUCCUGGAGAAGGACAGACAGUGGGACAGGGUUGGCAAGUGGGAGAGGGGCUCGCUGACCAUGCGCUACCACGUGUGGCCUCACUUUGAGCUGUUCGCUGGAGCGGAGGAGCAGGAGGACCACCUGUCCAUUGUGACUCUGGAGGAGGUGCCGUUUGUCAUCGUAGAGGACGUGGACCCGCUCAGCGGGACCUGCAUGAGGAACACGGUGCCGUGUCGCAAACAGCUCAAACUUAGCAACCAAACGGGUGAUUCGGGGAUUUACAUGAAGCGCUGCUGUAAGGGCUUCUGCAUCGACAUCCUGAAGAAGAUCGCGAAGACGGUCAAGUUUACUUAUGACCUCUACCUGGUCACCAACGGCAAACACGGGAAGAAGGUCAACGGGACGUGGAACGGCAUGGUGGGAGAGGUGGUGCUGAAGAAUGCCCACAUGGCAGUGGGUUCGCUCACCAUCAACGAGGAGAGGUCGGAGGUCAUCGACUUCUCCGUGCCGUUCAUCGAGACGGGAAUCAGUGUCAUGGUCUCCCGUAGCAACGGAACCGUCUCCCCUUCUGCCUUUCUGGAGCCCUUCAGUGCCGACGUCUGGGUGAUGAUGUUUGUGAUGUUGCUGAUAGUGUCAGCCGUGGCCGUGUUUGUGUUUGAGUACUUCAGCCCGGUGGGAUACAAUCGCUGUCUGGCAGAUGGACGAGAGCCCGGCGGUCCCUCCUUUACCAUCGGUAAGGCCGUCUGGCUGCUUUGGGGUCUGGUUUUCAACAACUCCGUGCCCGUGCAGAACCCCAAGGGUACCACCAGUAAGAUCAUGGUGUCGGUGUGGGCCUUCUUUGCUGUCAUCUUCCUGGCCUCUUACACUGCCAACCUGGCUGCCUUCAUGAUCCAGGAGGAGUACGUGGACCAGGUGUCGGGCCUUUCGGAUAAAAAGUUCCAGAAUCCGAACGAGUUCUCGCCACCGUUCCGGUUUGGCACGGUGCCAAACGGGAGCACCGAGCGCAACAUCCGCAACAACUACCGGGACAUGCACAGCUACAUGACCAGCUUCCAUCAGAAGAGCGUAGACGAAGCCCUGUACAGUCUGAAGACCGGCAAACUGGACGCUUUCAUCUACGACGCCGCGGUGCUCAACUACAAGGCCGGCAGAGACGAGGGCUGCAAGCUGGUCACCAUCGGCAGCGGCAAGGUCUUCGCCUCCACCGGCUACGGCAUCGCCAUCCAGAAGGACUCGGGCUGGAAGCGAGGCGUGGACCUGGCCAUCCUCAUGUUGUUUGGAGAUGGUGAGAUGGAGGAGCUGGAGGCCCUGUGGCUGACGGGCAUCUGCCACAACGAGAAGAACGAGGUGAUGAGCAGCCAGCUGGACGUGGACAACAUGGCGGGGGUCUUCUACAUGCUCGGGGCCGCCAUGGUCCUGUCGUUAAUCACCUUCAUCUGCGAGCACUUGUUCUACUGGCAGCUGCGCUUCUGCUUCAUGGGCGUGUGCUCCGGCACGCCCGGGGUCACCUUCGCCAUCAGCAGAGGUAUCUACAGCUGCAUCCAUGGGGUUCAAAUUGAGGAAAACAAGUCAACCAUAGAUUCACCAUCGGCGACCAUGAAGAAGAACAUGAACAACACCCACUCCAACAUCCUGCGGUUGCUUCGCACUGCCAAGGACAUGACGGCCGUCCCGGGCAUCAACGGCUCCCCGCACGCCGCCCUGGAGUACAGCCACAGUAGUCGCGAGUCGGCUAUCUAUGAUAUCCAGGAGCACCGACGCAGCCUGGUGGGUCACCCCGUAGACUGCAAGUCAGCACCACCUUAUAUGCCAGAGGACAACAUGUUCAGUGACUACAUCAGCGAGGUGGAGAGGACUUUUGGCAACUUGCCCCUGAAGGACAGCAACCUGUACCAGGACCAUUACCGACACCACCACCCGGCUCUGGGUAUGUCUGGCCCCCCGCCUAAUAGGCCACGUAGCUUAGGCAGUGCUAGCUCGUUGGAGGGGGGCAUGUUCGAUUGUGACAGUUUGGGGGGAGGGGUAGCGCCCAUCUUCACCACCCAGCCCCGCCCCUCCAUGACUCAUAGGAACACCAGUAAAUUUGACCUGAUUGCCGGCCACACCCCUGCGGAUUCCAACCAGGGUGGGUUCAAGGGAAGCAAUGUAUACGGCAGGUUUUCCUUCAAAGGAGGUGCAUCCAGCACGGGGAUCAUCGGGGGUCACGACCGGUACUGUGGUGGGGGUGGGGGAGGCUCAGGGGGUGACGAUGGGAACAUUCGCUCCGACGUCUCUGACAUCUCCACGCACACUGUCACCUACGGCAACCUGGAAGGCAACAACAAGCGGCGUAAGCAGUACAGGGACAGCCUGAAAAAGAGGCCAGCCUCGGCCAAGUGCCGACGGGAGCAGGACGAAAUAGAGCUGAGCGGCUUCAGGAGGAGACCACACCACCACACCGUCCACCACCACUUCCCCCACGGGCCCCUGGCACACCGCACGGUCUCACCUCCCCUGGAGCGGAAGCGGGGAGGAGGAGGGGGUAAUUCUUCAUCUUACUUAUACCUCAAUGACAAGGACAACCUGAGGGACUUUUACGCGGACCAGUUCCGCUCCAAGGAGGGCAAGGCCAAGUGGGAGCAAGAGGGUGGAAGUGGAGGAAGCGGUGUGGGCGGUGGUAGUGGUGGUGGUAUCUGUAAAAGCUUAGUCCCCGUGGAAGACUUCCUCAAAGGUAAAGGCAAGAAGCCCGAGUGUAAAGGUGGGCUGGGCUCAGUGUCGGCAGGGCAACAGGUCCACACCUGCUGGGAGAAGGGGGUCUCUGGGAUCGGAGGCGGGGGCAUAGCUGGGGGUGACUGGGAGUGUCGUAACUGCCACAGCGUGUGCCACCACGGCGGAGGCGUAGGAGGCGGCGGCACGUGCCCAGCUAGCACAGCUGGGGGGACCAGCAGUCGCCCCAGCUCUGCUACCUGCAAGCGCUGCGACUCCUGCAAGAUCCAGCCAAGCAACCUUUACAACAUCAGCGAGGAUAAUAACAUGGUGUUCACCGCAGGGAAGAGUAGCGCGGGACCCAGUCAAACGCAAACUCAGGCACAGCGCAGGAAGCUAGGACCAGGUGGGAGGGUGCUACGGAGGCAGCACUCAUAUGACACGUUUGUGGACCUGCAGAGGGAGGGGGCAGGACGCAUGGGGGGGGUGGGUGGCGGCAUGGGCGGUCAGAUACCCCAGCCGCGAAGCGUGAGCUUGAAGGACAAAGACCGCUAUAUGGAGGGCCCCAGCCCUUACGCUCACAUGUUUGAGAGGUACUCCAGUGAGAGGGAGUCCCCCAUGUUUGGAGGAAUAGGUGGGGAUAGGGCCAAAGGAGGCUCCUCCUUCAGUUUGUUCCGCGGAGGCGAAGGUGGGUUGCAUCGCCGGUCGGUGGGGGAGAGAGACCUGAGGGACAGAGAUAGGGCUAUGAUGGGAGGUGGGGGCUGUGGUGGUGGUGGUGGUAGCAGAGGGGCCGGGACUUACUCCUUGUCUAAAUCUCUCUACCCAGAUAAGGUGAACCAGAAUCCCUUCAUCCCAACCUUCGGCGACGACCAGUGUCUUUUACACGGUGCCAAACCGUACUACAUCAAAAAGCCACAGACGCAGCAACAACAGCAGCAGCAGCAACUUCUCAACAACAGCCGAGGAGGAGGGGACUUCCACGGCUCCAUGGGAGCAGCGUCCUAUUUGCCCGCGUCCGCCACCGCCGGGGUGAUGUCCAAUGUGUCCCCCAGGUUCCCCAAAGAGCUGUGCCUGGGCGGGGUGGGGGUGCCCAUGGGCAACGCCCACGGCUCUAACAAGCUCAUGCCUGGGGGCAGGGACACGUUAGGGCUGGGGCAGGGACAGAGACCCUUCAAUGGUGCCAGCAAUGGACACGUCUAUGAAAAGCUCUCCAGCAUUGAGUCAGACGUCUGAGGGCGAAGAGAGAGAGAGAGAGAAGACCGAAGCGGGUGAAGAGAGGAGGGUGACGGGGGAGAAAACGGCUGACCACCCCUCUGUGCGAAGACAAGUGUGUUGCUCUCCCUCCACUGAAUGGGAAGAGAAGGACAAUGCGCAGGGGCCGACGGGAGGCGGGUUCUUAACGAGGAGAGGGGAUUCUGGUGCUGCUCCGCCGCUCAGUGGAGGAUAGGGAAGGAAGGGAGGACGGGUGGAGGGGGGGGGAAGCGCCAUCUCUGGCCUCUGCUCUCGCCACACGCUCAUUGUCUCUCCCUCCCUCCUGCAGUUCCUUGACGCCAAAACAAAUAUUUACUUUAGCAACGGAAAUACAAUCAUGAAUGAGAAAUCAACACUUCUGUUGAAGUCACAGGGUAAUCUAACAAUAAUUGUAUUGAUAAUGUUAAUAAUAGUAUUGAAUAUUAUUCCAGUGUUUAAUGAUUGGUUUGGAUUGUUUUAUAUUUUAUUUAUUUGAAUAGUUAAUGUUACAUAUUUGUAUGAUGUUUAUUCUUUCUAUCCUAACCACUUUACAGGAGACUGAUCAGUACAGGUUGUUUUUGGGUUCCUGUAACUUGGACUCUUCUUUGCUUUUACCUCUUCAUGUUUGAUUUUUUUAUUUGAUUUUAUUUUUUUGGACUUCUUCACGUUUGAGUGCUGUGCAGUGUACGUGAACGGCAUGACUUGCUGAGUACAUCCUUCGUACUCAAAACACUUGCAAAGGAGGUUUUCUUUUUCCUGCUGCGGAAGCGACAUCAUCAUACUGAUUUGCCAUAUCUUCUCGUUUUUCUGCUUGGCAGUACCAAAUGGGGUCUCACGCAUUGAGCUGGAUGUGCCUUAAAGGAUUAACACUGAUUUUAUACACUCAAGAGCUUCUGUUAAUAGACAGAUCCACCUGCAAACUACUAGUGAAUUGAUUUGCGUGGAAAUGAGCCUAAAACGUAAAACGUGCUUUAUUCCUCAAAUUAAUUUGCAUGAUGAGAUGUCAGGUUCACAUUUCCACAUGGACGACCCAUUGUUAACAGAGACCGAUGGCUGGCUCACAAGGGUUAAAACCACAGUGCCAAGAUGAAUAAACAUUCCUUCCCAAACGUUGGAUGUGACAGAGCCGAGCUGAAGGCGAAGGAAUCCUUUAUAAAGACUUGCUCGUGCUAUUUGUACACUCCACAUUUAACCUGGGCAGUUUCUUCCAAAUGAUUUAGUAAAAAGUGUUAGUGCUCCUUCCUCCCGUCAUUACAGACACCCAAGGAUCCAUUAACUACACGUAAUGCCCUUUAAUGCCUGCGUCCUGCUCUCGUGGCGUUCCACGGGCUCUGACUCAAUUGGCCGUGACAGUUUUGCCAGUGAGGACAGAGACAUAAUGGACUCUCAGUGAGACCUCCGUUGCCGGGACGCGCCGGCCGCUACGUUAAUUAUUCCGCGAUUACGGCCAUAAGCUCUGCCUGCUGUAUUCCACGGUCACAACCCGAGAAGUCGAGACGUUCCACAUUUGUGUUCCGCAGCAGGGGCGUAAAAACGGGUCACGGCUUCAUCUUGUGGCUCUAAUCACAGUGUCUCUGCCUGCUUGAAGUCAGACUUUGACAUUUUGGGAAAUGAUGUUAUUGACUCACUUCCCGAGAGUUAGCUUUGCUAAAAUCUCUCCAGCAGCACCUCGCCUGCUGAUUGCCAUGUCACAGUACGUACUAUAUACAAUAUUAAAAUGAGCUCAUGUGAUCCAUGUAACAGAUUUACAGAAAAAAGUGAUCAAAACCACAAGUCACAUUUCGCCCCUAUUUUGCCCUGUUUAGAUCCUUCCAGGUGAUGGCAGAUAUUACCUCCGACUGUUUGCUUCAGCUUUAUAUCUACGGUGCAGACACAGACGUGGUGCAGAGUCGGCCUUUUCAUUUCACACGACGAUAAUGCCCACAUUUACUCCAGCGUUGAACUGCUCCUUCAAAUGUUCCGGGACAUAAAGGUCCACUGUGUGCGCUCGGUCAUUGUUCCUCUCACUCAACGCUGCUGCGUUUCCACCGCACACACACCUUCGGCGCUCAUUCGCGAGCGACCCUCCACUGGACCACGACCAGCCUGAGAUUGUGUUGAAGGGGAGUGUUUGUGCUCGGGUUCCUGUCGAUGUGGGGACUGCGUCGGGAGAAAGAGAUGAGGGCGGGCGAAAGUGAAAGGCGUCUUAAAAGCAGCUGGUGCAUUUAGUGGAAGCGCGGCUUUGGCUAAUGGACUCCAGUGGUUAAUUCGAUUAAAAGCAGCCUCCAAAUCCACCAAGUCAUAUCCGUUCACUCACACAUUAUAUAGACCAAAAGGAAGUAAGGCUUUGAUUAUUUACAACCCUCUCCGCCAUCAAAGUGUUUUCGACUUGACAUCCAACGAUCUUACAGAACCAAAUUUAAUAACCAAGCACAAUGUGACUGAGUGGAUCUGUUAGAGAUUUUCUUGUACAUCCCAGUCAAAACCUCAGAAGACUUUUCUUCUCUUGGUUGACAAGUCAGUAUGUAUGAUACCAGGUGGUCUCUAGUGUUUCUACAGACUUGCAUGUAAACUCUUUUCUUUCUUUCUGUUUUAAAACUUUAACUUUUAGCCCACACGUGGGUGUUAUUGGACGAUGUUUAGAUUUUUAUCAGCUUCACUGGUACUGAUGAUCCGUGUGGUACCAUAGGUGUGCGUGCGUGUGUGUGUGUGCGUGUUUGUGCUCGUUUGUGCAAGAGAUGAACACCAACCUAACAGUCGAAAUUAUGUUGAACUCAAUUGAAUAAGGCUGAACUGAUGGGAAUUUUUUACUUUUUUUCCAUUUCAACUACUUCGUUAUUUCUCUUUUGGAAAUAUUUCAGUACAUUUCAUAUUUUGGCUUAUUGUAUGUGCCUGAAUACAUAAGCUUGAUUACCUCUGUGUGUGCCCAUAUGGAAGAGAGACAGUGUGUGUGUGUGCGUGCGUGUGUGAGCUGUUUAUUCUACAUGUAUUAUAAAAACUGUAUGUAAAUACUUUACCUCACACUCAUGGACUUUUGAUAAAAACUGUACAAAAUGGCGCAGAAUAAAUCUAUUUGGGAUAAAUCUUUGAUUCGCAGGUCCCCUUGCAAAUUGCUUUUGUAACGACUUCAGGCCAGGAUACGUGCAAUCAUUUAUUAUUAUAGAGAAGUCAAGGUUCAUUGAUGUGUUUUUAUUUUUGUCUCAGUUGGUCAAAGAGCAGCUAAGACAGCUUUUUUCUCCACGGAAAUCACGGUUUGCUAAAUAGAAAGCACAAUAGACGGCAUCUUCUGUUUUUGUGUUUUGCCACAGAAGAUUAAACGACUCCACCCCUGAACUGUACAGAUUGUGAAAAUUGUACAUAUGACAAAACUCUAGUUCCCCAUUGCAUUUUUUGUAUGGAGAGAAAUUUCUUGUGUGAAGAGAGUAUUUCAAAAUUGGUUGAAUAUUUAGUAUAAUUGAAAAUAAGAUUAAACACGGUCAAUGUGAAAAUAAGUGCUGAGAAAUAUUAUUCUUCUGUCUCUUUGGAAUAAAAGUGUUGAGUAUUAAUAAAAAAUGAGAAAUUUAAA